UGUAUUUUCGCUAAAAUAGAUUUUAUUACGCAAUGUGGUCUUCAGUUUAGAAAGCCUCAUCAAGUAAUAAUGAGGCUAUGAUUUGGUCAUACUGGAAAGUCGUCUUCUUUGCUCUUUCGGCACAGCAAGUGGUAGUUGGCACAUCAACAUCUUCAAUAGUUGACAUUUAUGGAUGCCGAUAUCGUUCAAUUUGCCCGGAGCCAUCAAUAUGCGUAAACGAUCUUUUAUUCGGGCAUUGCGGGUUUAUUGAAGAACCCAGAUUCCUAUUUUACUUCGAUCUCAAUUAUCAAGAAGGCGAAGAGCUCCUGCUGAUAUUGGCCGAGUUGAGAAAACUAGGACAGAAGUGGACGGACUUGAGCACGCAAUUAGUCGUGAAUGAUUUUCUCAAAAGAUUGAGAUACUUCGAAACUGACGAAGAAAUUAAAGAGAGCAGCAAAGAUCUUGGAUCCAGUGAAGAUGACUAUCUGCAACAAAUUAUUUCUGAUUAUCCCGAAGGAGCGUAUUUGAGAGAUUCGGAAAUCUAUGACGAGGCUCCAACACGCGACGAGAAAAGCGAAGGAGAUGCGAAGAGUACAAUUUUGGCAGCUGACUAUUUGAACGCAGAGACUGAGGAGGAAAAUAGAGACAUAGCUGAUUCAAAAGAAAAGAAUGAUCUGGAUGGUGACCUGGGCUCUCGUGGCGAGGGAGCUGUGGCAGAGUUCCAGUACGAGCCCGAAGAACAGGUCUUCUACUAUUACUACUACCCAGAAUACCCAGAAACAAUGCCCGUUGACGGCAAAGAUUAUGACUACGAAUUCGACUACCCGGAGGAAACAAUGCAAGGUGUUCUAAAACGAGAAGCGGAAUCUUCAAAUGAAGCGGCGAAUGUGAACUCGAGAUUGGACUCGAACCACGGAGAGAAGUCUAUUUCGGAACUGGAGAAAGAGUACAGCGAGUAUGUGGAUUCAAAGUACGACGAAAAGGGAAAGGGUGCGAAAGAUGAACCGACAGAGCACUACUCGAUCUCGAAAGCACCGACAGCCAAGAAACAAGACGAGAGAAAGGACAAAGAUGCAGCGGAAAAACGAGAACAAUUGACACUUUUCAACAAUGGUGAGGGUGAGAUUUUGGGCCCAAUGAAACUGGACUCCCUAACUUUGCCAGCAGUGGAUCCCAACUUCUGCUUCGUCCAGACACAGAAACCGAUAACGUACGAACAGGGAAACCAGUUGAUUCUGGGGAUUAUGAAUGUGACAGGACUAGAUUUGGAGUCUUACAAUUACAUCAGUUUCGGAGGGCGCAAGGUAACGUUCUACGUGGAGCCGGAUCCCUUCCGAAAUGCCACCCAAGUGGCCAAACUUAUCAUGAAAAAGAAGGACGCGAUUGAGAAAGACCUCGGCAUCAAAAUCGAAUCUACUGGAAUUGGACGAGAAGAACUGUGCCGUGAACACAAAGCAGUGAGCAAGAAGAACUCGAGUGAAGCGAACAAGGGAGGAACUGUGACUCAGCAACCGGGAGGGGAGGAGGGCAUGGGACAGCCUCUGGUGAAGACAUCCUCCAAGGACAGAGGAGAGAGUGUCUCAAGUGAAUUGUCCGACAGGGCCAGUGUCAGUUCAUGGAACGAGGAACCCUGUGGUGGAAACCUGGACAUAACUACUGGACACAUCGUAUUGGCAUAUAUGGAGUCACACCUGCACGACAAGAGUCAGCUGGACGCGGAGUGGGAGGCACUGUGUGCUUACGAGCCGGAGGAGGUUUCCUUUGCGAAGGCCACUUGUAUGGCCAACCAGGACAAGAACAGAUUCCCCACCGCCCUACCAUUCGACCGCAACUGCAUCACCCUAAAUCCAAAUGCAGCACUGGCUUACGGAGACUACAUCAACGCAUCUGCCAUUAGGGACACGCAUCCGGAGAGGGCAGCCUACAUUUUGGCUCAAGCGCCCCUGGAAAACACGGUAGCAGACUUCUGGCAGAUGGUGUGGGAGCAGAGGUGCACUGUCACUGUCCUCUUCGCUGGCCCCUUUCACCCUCUCUCAGGGGGAGGUGGGGGUGCGGUGACCUCAGACGGACUGCCCCAGUUCUGGCCCGCGGAGGGCAACGCGAUCUAUCAUAAUUUCGAGGUACAUUUGGUGAGUGAGCACGUAUGGUGUGAGGAGUACCUUGUGCGAAGUGUGUAUCUGAAGAACCGGUUGACCAGCCAGACCAGGACAGUGACUUUGUUCCACUAUCUGGCAUGGAUGCCACAAAAGUGUCCAGACACCGGACCCAGACCACUUCUCGAAUUCAGACGGAAGGUGAGCAAGGCGUACAAGGGCAAAAACAGUCCCAUCAUAGUUAUGUGUGGCAGCGGGUGUGACCAGAGUGCGUGCUAUGUGCUGAUUGACUUGGUGUUGAACAAGAUCUACAGGGGCGCCAAGGAGAUCGACAUCUCGGCCACUCUCGAACACCUGAGAGACCAGCGAUGUGGAGCUGUCGCCAAUAAGGACCAGUUCGAGUUCUGUCUCAGUACUGUUGCCGAGGAAGUCAACAGCAUCCUCAAAUCUAUCGAACCCAAUAACACCUCGAACCACAAUAACUGAACCAACAGCAGGCAAAAGAAUCAGCAAGCGCUCCAAACAAAUAAGAUCAGAGAAACGAACGGAAAAAAACAAUCCACUAUCACAACAAUCAAGUAACAGCGGGCUACAUUUGAAUUUGAAGUGAAGUAAUGAUCCUAGGCGAAUACAAUCAUCCUUUAUAUAGAUAUCUUAAUAGGCAUUUUUCGAAAUAAAGAAACGCAAUCGAAAUAAUUACAACCGAAAAAUGUCCGUUGAACUUGCAUGUUCAAUAUUAAAAAUCACUCAAUUAAGUUCAAUUUAAUCAGAUCGAAUCAAGAAUUUGAUCAAAAUAAAUGUUGCAAAUUUG